CCCGCUGUGGCGGCGGCAACAUGGCGGACGUGUUAAGUGUCGGCGUGAACCUGGAAGCCUUUGCCCAGGCCAUCAGUGCCAUCCAGGCGCUGCGCUCCAGCGUGAGCAGGGUGUUCGACUGCCUGAAGGAUGGCAUGCGGAACAAGGAGACGCUGGAGGGCCGGGAGAAGGCCUUCAUUGCGCACUUCCAGGACAACUUGCAUUCGGUCAACCGGGACCUCAAUGAGCUGGAACGUCUGAGCAACUUGGUCGGCAAGCCUUCUGAGAACCAUCCUCUCCAUAACAGUGGGCUGUUGAGUCUGGAUCCCGUGCAGGACAAAACCCCUCUCUACAGUCAGCUCCUUCAGGCAUAUAAAUGGUCAAACAAGUUGCAGUACCAUGCAGGUCUGGCAUCUGGCCUUUUGAAUCAACAGUCGUUGAAACGUUCUGCUAACCAGAUGGGAGUAUCUGCUAAACGUAGACCAAAGGCUCAACCCACGACUCUCGUCUUACCGCCUCAAUAUGUUGACGACGUGAUUAGCCGCAUUGACAGGAUGUUCCCUGAAAUGUCCAUCCACUUAUCCAGACCCAAUGGGACGUCCGCCAUGCUUCUCGUGACCUUGGGAAAGGUGUUGAAAGUGAUCGUCGUCAUGCGGAGCCUAUUCAUUGAUCGAACGAUAGUAAAGGGCUAUAAUGAAAACGUCUACACAGAAGAUGGCAAGCUUGAUAUAUGGUCCAAAUCCAACUAUCAAGUAUUCCAGAAGGUGACGGACCAUGCCACCACCGCCCUGCUCCACUACCAGCUGCCCCAGAUGCCUGACGUCGUGGUCCGAUCCUUCAUGACCUGGUUAAGAAGUUACAUAAAGCUGUUCCAGGCCCCGUGCCAGCGCUGCGGGAAGUUUCUGCAAGAUGGCCUUCCCCCGACGUGGAGGGAUUUCCGAACCCUCGAAGCCUUCCACGACACCUGCCGGCAGUGACCCUGCCCCAGCCCCGGGCCAGCCCGCAGACCCCCAUCCAGCACCUUCCCAGACAAGCCCUCAGUCAUAGUGAUGGCUCAGACGUGUCUUCGCGGCCCGGAUAGCAGUAGCGCCACCCGCUCACUUCCGCAAAACAGCACGUCGUGCGCUAAGGCCGAACUUGAAGAGCAGACUCAGUCUUCGUUAAUGGGACUGUUGUACACCUGAGCUGGCGCGUGGAAGGCAAGGGGACCGUCUUAGGACUCACUAUACGGAAGUUAGGCCGCAUGUUCUCCCGUGAAUGUUCGCAAUACCAGUCCAUUGACCCGCCUGGAUCCAUGUUCUAAGUCAUUUUAUAGUUGGAAUGAGCCUUUGUGUCGUGCUGAGUUUUUUGGUUUGUUCCAUAACUUAUUUUUAUAAGGAAUAAACCUUUUGUACCCAGGACAA